GGCUCCGGCCCUGCCGAGCCCCGCCGAGCCCCGCCCCUCCACCCAGCGGUCUGCAGCCUCCAGGCCUGCCUGGGCCGCCGGCCCGGAACCACCCUGUGAGGGAUGGUGAGGUAGGAAUAUCGUUCCUGUAUCCCUCCUCUGGGAUGAGCCACCUGCCAGGAGACAUGGAGAACACCCUCACCGGGAGCCAGAGCUCCCAUGCUUCCUUGCGAGAUGUCCAUUCCAUCAACCCCACACAGCUCAUGGCCAGGAUCGAGUCCUAUGAAGGCAGGGAGAAGAAAGGAAUAUCUGAUGUCAGAAGGACUUUCUGUUUGUUUGUCACCUUUGACCUCUUAUUUGUUACAUUACUGUGGAUAAUAGAAUUAAAUGUGAAUGGAGGCAUCGAGAACACCUUAGAGAGGGAGGUGGUGCAGUAUGACUACUACUCUUCCUAUUUUGAUAUUUUUCUUUUGGCAGUUUUUCGAUUUAAAGUGUUGAUACUUGCAUAUGCCGUGUGUAAACUGCGCCAUUGGUGGGCUAUAGCAUUGACGACAGCAGUGACCAGUGCCUUUUUAUUAGCAAAAGUGAUCCUCUCAAAGCUUUUCUCUCAAGGGGCAUUUGGCUAUGUGCUGCCCAUCAUUUCAUUCAUCCUUGCCUGGAUCGAGACAUGGUUCCUGGAUUUCAAAGUGUUACCUCAAGAAGCAGAAGAAGAAAACAGGCUCCUGAUAGUUCAGGAUGCAUCAGAGAGAGCAGCCCUCAUCCCUGCUGGGCUUUCUGAUGGUCAGUUUUAUUCACCUCCUGAAUCUGAAGCAGGAUCUGAAGAAGAAGCUGAGGAAAAACAGGACAGUGAAAAACCUCUUUUGGAAUUAUGAGUCCUGCUUUAUAAACUCACCUACAGUGCAGACCCUGGGAAGGCAGUGUCAGGGUGCAUAGUGCUUAGCCUCAACUCCACAGCUCAUGUUUGUCCCUGCUUUGCCUAAGUGUGAAGAACCCAUGCUGAAAGUCAUCUGAGGACACGAUGGAGUAGGUCUCCCAUCGACAGGUGACAUGGUGACGUCCGCUGCCUCCUUGAACAGCUAAUGAAGGAUUUUGUGUCUGUGUGCUGAUACCUCAUAGAUAGCAUCCCUCACCCACUCAUUUGGUCCCCACCUGUGGCCCUCAGGGCUUCCCAUGUCCUGUCUCUGUUCACUGGGACUCGGGCUGACUCAUUUAUGAAUAAUUAAGGCAGAGUCUUGUGUUGUAUCUGAAUCAAAGGACUUCUUAAUAUAUUGAAUUAAUUUGUAGUGAAAUACCUUUUUAUUUUAAUUCAUAUUUUUGUUUCAUGUCUCAGAUUUCUUUUGUAUUUCUUAACACCCUACAUUUUCCUUAUGUUUUUUUAACUCAUACACAUAUGAUCUUUGUACAAUUAAAA